AUGUCCGGCCCUCCCGUCGCCCCAGCCGCAGCCACCGACGCAACCGCGCACACCCGGCCCACGGUCGACACGCUCCCGCCCGAGGCCAUCGCGCUCGCGGGCAAGCUGUUUGACCUCGCGCGCGCGGGCACGACGGCCGACCUCGAGCAAUACAUCGACGCCGGCAUCCCCGCCAACCUCACCAACCAGUCGGGCGACACGCUCCUCAUGCUCGCCGCGUACCACGGCCACGCGGACACGGUCAAGAUGCUCCUCGGCAAGGGCGCCGACCCGGACGCACUCAACGCAAAGGGCCAGAGCCCCAUCGCCGGCGCCGUCUUCAAGCUACACAACGACGUCGUGCAUACCCUCCUCGAUGGCGGCGCCGACAUCCACGCCGGCCAGCCCAACGCGCUCGACUGCGCUAAAAUGUUCAAGCGCGACGACUUGCUCAAGCUCUUCGAGGCCAAGGACAAGUAA